GCCGCACGGCCGGCCACAGGACCACCUCCCCGGAGAAUAGGGCCUCUUUAUGGCAUGUGGCUGGUAACUUUCCUCCUGCUCCUGGACUCUUUACACAAAGCCCGCCCUGAAGAUGUUGGCACCAGCCUCUACUUUGUAAAUGACUCCUUGCAGCAGGUGACCUUUUCCAGCUCCGUGGGGGUGGUGGUGCCCUGCCCGGCCGCAGGCUCCCCCAGCGCGGCCCUUCGAUGGUACCUGGCCACGGGGGACGACAUCUACGACGUGCCGCACAUCCGGCACGUCCACGCCAACGGGACGCUGCAGCUCUAUCCCUUCUCCCCCUCCGCCUUCAAUAGCUUUAUCCACGACAAUGACUACUUCUGCACCGCGGAGAAUGCUGCCGGCAAGAUCCGGAGCCCCAACAUCCGCGUCAAAGCAGUUUUCAGGGAACCCUACACCGUCCGGGUGGAGGAUCAAAGGUCGAUGCGUGGAAGCGUGGCCGUCUUCAAGUGCCUCAUCCCCUCUUCAGUGCAGGAAUAUGUUAGCGUUGUGUCCUGGGAGAAAGACACAGUCGCCAUCAUCCCAGGUAAGAGAGGACCGUGGGGCCCUGCGGGCAGGGCUGCUGGGGGCGGGGGCAGAAAAGCAGAGGUGCCGAGUUGGUGGUCGACCACACCCAGGUCUGGAGGUUGGUUCUUGUGAGCACCAGUUCAUGGUUCUGGUGAUGCGUCGGCCAGAAAGCAUCUUUUGUCUCGGCUUGGUGUGUCUCUCGGUGGGGUGAUGCCAACCUGUGUGCCAGUGGCCUCUGCUGUGUGUGUGAAGGUCCCAUCAGACCUGGGGUGGUCCUGCUCCCUCAAAGGAGUGGAGUCGCCCUCUUUCCUGACUGCCGGCUCUUGGCCUGCCCUUGGCCUUAGGGACGGGAGGCAAGGCUGGAAGGAUACCGCCCCCCGUGAAAGACUCGGGGGAAAGGAGGGCUGAGAGGCUGGGAGGUGGUCCAUGCUCCUGGGAGUCUCGGAGGACCAGACGUGAGUGAGUGAGCAUGUGGGACAUUGAUGUCACAAGCUGCCUGAAGACCCCAUCGGAAUUCUAGCUGGCCUCACACCGGGCCUGGUGUUAGGAGAAUGCUUAAUACCAUGUGGAAGGGGCGCCUUGUUAGAGCCGCUGUGCUUUCGGGCCCUUCAUUACUGGUUCUUUUCCCCUCUGCCGGGUUGUCGUUCAACAGGAAAACCAGUCUGGAAACCCCAAGAGGGGACCUCAGAUCCUCCAAAUACCUCCAGGCUUCCAGUUACAAAAUUGUGGGUAUUUCCUACCACUCCAGCCGGUCUCCCUUCGUUCCUGCCCGUGGCAGAGGCUCUGCUGCUUUUCCUUCCUUCUCUGCCACGCCCCUUGGUUUCUUUUCUGUAAAACGGGGGAACUUGACCAGAUGCCCCUUCCAGUGUGGAUGGCUCAUCACUGGGCCUAUGAAAUGGUUCUAGUGACUCAAGGUCUUCAGGUUCAUUGGAGAAGACAGCCUUCUCUGCAUGAAGCCUGUAAAGCUGGCGUCCUUAAUUCUGCACUUGAACCCCUUGGGGAACUCGUUGAAAAACACCAACAUCCGGGCCUGAUUCCGCAUCCGAAUCUCUAGAAGGAGAACCUAGGCAUCAGUGGUUUUAAGUCCCCUGGGGUGGUUCCAAGGCAGAGCUGGCAGACAAACCAAUGCUUCGGCACCUUGACAGUGAACAUGGCACAAUUCUUUUCUUGAGACGUUAGUUUGUGUUUUGCUCUUGGAACUUUUUCCUUCUCUCAGAACAAGCCGAUGGCCAGGCCUGCAUAUCUCCUGGCCUCAGAGCUUGUGGCUGGAUGGGAAUCAGAAGGUACUUGAAGACACCUGCUCUCCCUGCCUUUUGUAAAACCGAAAGCCAGCAGGAUGGGCGUUGUGGAUGGUGGGAGAUCUUUUGAAGGCAGUGAUGCCAGAGAUGGGGUGGCGCUGGAGGCCACUCAGUGGGCACAGCUGGAGGGGUAGCCAUGUGUGGCUCCAUGGGGUCUGAGGCCAAGGUUCUUGUGUCCAAAGAGGCCUGAGUGCCCGGCUCAAGACCCAGAGUGAUCACGCAGGCAGGGACAACAGCUUGGUCAGGACCAGACAGACCCCAGACCUUGGCACAUCCCUGAGAGAAGCCCCAGUGACUUGAUGGAGAUGCAAGUCCCAUAUCUCUAGGAGAGUCAGAUGCA